AUGGCUUUCAAGUUCGUCGUCCUUGCUCUCUGCGUGGCUGUCGCUCACGGCAGCGCCAUCCACGGUGCUGACUCCAGCAGCUUCUCUUACGGAGUGACAGACCUGCACACCGGCGAUGUAAAGAGUCAGCACGAGACCCGCGUCGGAGACAACGUGGUCGGACAAUACUCGCUCCUGGAGUCUGACGGCAGCCGCCGCACCGUCGACUACGCCGCGGACGCGCACUCCGGCUUCAACGCCAUCGUCCGCAAGGACCCCGCCAUCAUUGCCCACGCUGCCCCUGCCGUCCUCGCCCACGCCGCCACCGCCGUCCUCGCCCACUCCUCUCCCCUCGCCUACAACACGUACGCCGCUCCCCUCGCUUACAACACAUACGCCGCUCCUCUCGCCCACAACACCUAUGCUGCUCCUCUUGCCUACAAGACGUACGCUGCUCCCUCCGUAUCAUACUCCGCGUCUUCCAGCUCAGUGAACCACGGAGGCUACGCCGCUCUGUCCGCUCCCCUUCACCACGCCGCUCCUUUGUCCUACGCUGCCCAUAUCACCCCUCUCGCCUACAAUGCGUACGGCUCUCACUUGGGUCAUGGAGCUAUCUCUGCCCCUCUCGCCCACGCGUGG